CGUGGUGCAAUCUCACUAGUGCUUAUUUACUGCGUUAAAUAAAAUUCUCUCAAGAUAAGUAUGAAAAAUGACGUUGAUUUACAAGAAAAUCCUAGAAGUUUCAAUAUCUGCUUUACAUAAAAAAAUUUAUAACCACAAUCUCGUAUUUCCUGCGAGUAAAAAUAUAAAAUUUUUUUGUGGAUUUUCAAAGCAAAAUAACUCAAAGUGUUUAGAUGUAGUUACUUCUCUCUCACAAGUCUCCGAACAUCAUAGUGAUCUCUAUGAGUUGAGUCUUAAUGACCCAACAAAGUUUUGGGGUGAAAUUGGGAGAAAAAAGUUGCAAUGGAUUAAUGAGUUUCAUACUGUAACUGAUUCUGAUAUAUCUGUCGGAAAACAUGGAUGGUUUCUUGGCGGAAAGAUUAAUAUUUCAGAGAACUGUCUUGAUCGACAUGUAAAAGAGGAUCCAAACCGUGUUGCACUUAUUUGGGAAAGAGAUGAACCUGGAACUCAUGUUAAGGUCACAUACAGUGAACUACUUGCAAUGACAUGUCAAAUAGCUAACGCUUUAAAGCGAAGAGGGGUCCAAAAAGGUGAUGUUGUGUGUUUGUAUAUGCCAGCCUCUCCACUGGCUGUUGCAUCUAUGCUUGCUUGUACAAGAAUAGGGGCUGUUCAUAGUGUGGUGUUUGCUGGGUUCAGUGCAGAAGCUCUUGCUGCAAGAAUAAAUGAUGCAUCCGUAAAAACUGUUAUCACUGCAGAUGAGGGUUUACGAGGCGGAAAGAGAAUACCGUUAAAACAAACUGUAGAUACUGCUUUGAAAUUAUGUUCAAGUGUUACUAAUGUUUUUGUUGCCAAAAGAUCUGGCAUUGAGCUACCUAUGCAAAAAGGAAGAGAUAUAUUUUUAAAUGAGGCCAUGGCUGUUGAAAAGACUUUUUGUGAUCCUGAGGUGAUGGAUAGUGAAGACACAAUGUUUAUUUUGUACACAUCUGGUAGCACUGGAAAACCAAAAGGUGUUGUUCAUACACAUGCUGGCUACUUAUUGUAUGCUAUGCUAACACAUCAGCUUGUAUUUGAUUAUAAGCCUGGAGAUAUACAUGCUUGUGUUGCUGAUAUUGGAUGGAUCACCGGGCACUCUUAUGUUGUUUAUGGACCUUUAGCAAAUGGAGCUACAACUGUUCUUUUUGAAAGUGUGCCAAGUUAUCCGGAUCCAGGACGAUAUUGGGAAAUGGUUGAGCGGUUAGGUAUUAAUCAGUUUUAUGGAGCACCCACAGCUAUUCGUUACUUGCUUAAAUUUGGGGAUGAGUAUGUUAAAAAAUACGAUCGUUCUUCCUUAAAGAUUUUAGGUUCAGUUGGAGAACCAAUAAACGAAGAAGCUUGGCAUUGGUAUCAAGAUGUAGUUGGAGAUGGAAAAUGUCCUGUUGUAGAUACUUGGUGGCAGACAGAAACUGGCGGAAUACUUUUGACACCACUACCUGCUCCUAAAAAUUCACUUGUGAAACCCGCAUGCCCUGUUCGUCCAUUUUUUGGAGUAGAGCCUGUUCUUCUUGAUAAUAAGGGCAAUGUGUUGCAAGGAAAUAGUGUUCGAGGUAUGCUAUGUAUAAAAAAAUCAAUACCAGGCAUGUCUCGAACUCUGUAUGCAAACAAAGAGAGAUUUCUUGAAGCAUACUACAAACCAUUUCCAGGCUAUUAUUUUACUGGAGAUGAAGCAUUAAGAGAUUCUGAUGGUUCUUACCAUAUAACUGGUAGAGUUGAUGAUGUUAUUAAUGUAAAGGGUAUAAGAUUAGGAACUGCUGAAGUUGAAGACAUUCUUGAUAAUCAUCAUUCCGUUGCAGAGACUGCUGUUGUUGGCUAUCCUCACAAAAUGAAUGGAGAAGGUGUUUAUGCCUAUGUUACUCUGAAAGAAAAUGUGACAGAAUCUGAAGAUGCAAUUAAGAACGAGUUACGUCUGAUGGUAAAAAAAGCAAUUGGUGGCUUUGCUGUUCCGGAAUUGAUUCAGAUUAGCCCCGGUCUGCCAAAGACUCGAUCAGGGAAGAUUAUGCGUCGAAUUUUACGUUGUAUUGCUGCAAAUCGAAUAAAUGACAUAGGUGAUGUUAGUACACUAGCAGAGCCAGAAGUUGUUGAUGCCAUUGUGCAACAACAUUUCAAACUUUUACAAACUAUCAAAUCAUAAAUUUUUAAAAGACUUAAUAUACAAAAUAUGUAAUGAAUGAAUGAAUGAAUGAGUAUUUACUGUAAGACUUUGUUAGAAAUAUGUAAUCAACCAAUGCGUAAUGGACGAGUAUUUUGGGUAUGCAAUUUUUUUAUAUAUACUUUGUUAAAAUAAAUUUUAAUAUGUUAAAUAACAAUAUUAUUUUA